GUGGGUAUUUGCGAAAGCAAUCAGUGGGCUAUUCUUAUCUCAAAUCGGGUGAUUUGUGGGACUCAAGAAAAUUUUCGCCGCACAAGAAGUUUCUCUGUGAUCAAUUUUAUCUGGUAUGUCUCCACCCCGGCUCUCAUAUAUCGACCCAUCCGCCAUCCGCCAUCCUCACCUCUUUCCACUAACCAACCAUUCUUCCUAUCCCCAGAUUCAAAAUGUCUAAGACCAAGUCCGUUUCCAAGAAGGGUGAGAAGCCCGUUGACAAGGCCUUGAGCAAGGUCAAGGAUGCCGGUGUGAGCAAGGCUGCUCAGUCCCCCAAGUCCAAGAGCAAGCAGAUUGCCAAGGCUGUUGUGACCAAGGAGAAGAAGUCCUCCAAGAAGAAGAAGGAGCCUACUCCCUCUGAGUCUUCCGAGUCCGAGUCCGACAGCGAUGAGGAGAUGGAGUCCGACUCUAGCUCCAGCAGCGAGAGUGAGGAUGAGAAGCCCGCUAAGAAGGAUAACAAGAAGAAGGUCGAGUCCGAGUCCGACUCUGACUCUGACAGCGAUGAGGACAUGAAGGAUGCCUCCAGCAGCGAGAGCGAGAGCGAGAGCGAGGAUGAGAAGCCUGCCAAGAAGGAGACCAAGAAGGUUGCCAAGAAGGAGGAGUCCAGCGACUCGGAGUCCUCCGAGUCUGAGGAUUCUGACUCUGAGUCCGAGAAGGAGGCCCCCAAGAAGGCUGAGAAGAAGGUUGAGUCCGAGUCCGACUCUGAUUCCGACUCUUCCUCUUCUGAGGAGGAGGCCCCCAAGAAGGCCGCCAAGGAGUCCAGCGACAGCGACUCUGACUCCGAGUCUGAGGACGAGAAGAAGGCCGAGAAGGAAUCUUCCGACUCUGAUUCUUCUGACUCUGACUCCUCCGACUCUGAGUCUGAGAGCGACGAGGCUCCCAAGGAGUCCAAGAAGCGCAAGGCUGAGGACGAGAGCGCCGCUACCCCCAAGAAGACCAAGGUUGAGCAGCCCGCUGAGGGUGCCUCCGCCAACCUUUUCGUCGGCAACCUGUCCUGGAACGUCGAUGAGGAGUGGCUCCAGCGCGAGUUCGAGGGCUUCGGUGAGCUCUCUGGCUGCCGCAUCAUGACUGAGCGUGAGACUGGCCGCUCUCGCGGGUAAGCAUUAUAUUCCACCUUUGGUAUCUGGGUCUUUGCUAAUCAUGUAUCCUAGUUUCGGUUACGUUGAGUUCACCAACGCUGCUGAUGCUGCUAAGGCUUUCGAGGCCAAGAAGGGCGCUGAGAUCGAUGGCCGCACCAUCAACCUCG